GAGCCUUUCUGAGGAGGAGCGAGGCAGGAGGCUGAUAAAGGCGGCUAAGAAAGGGGCGGUGGAGAAGGUGCGGCUGUUGCUCGCGGCUGGGGCGGACGUGGCGGCGAGGGACGGGCACAGGCGGACCGCCCUGCACUGGGCUGCACGGAGAGGCGACGCGGCUGUGGUGCGGCUGCUGCUCUCUGCGGCGUCCGACCCCAACGCCAGGACUCAUGUGGGGCUGACGCCGCUGCACUGGGCGGCAUGCUUUGGCCGCGCAGAAGCAGCGGCUGCGUUGCUGCAGGCCGGAGCCGACAGGGGGGCGACGACUGAUUGGGGGAGGACCCCCCUGGACGUCGCCAGGCAGCGAAACCGGCAGCAGCUCGUCGAGAUGCUAACAGAGAGCGUUAAUACGUGCCACUAG